AUGGCUCUGAACCAAUAUCAAGCACCGGUUGACUAUGCCGCGCAACUGGAUGGCUUCAAGGAUUUCUUGAAACACUUUAAAACCCUGCAGUCAACUUCGGAAGCCGCUGCGACCGAGGCUUUGGAGGACUUGAAUAUUGACGGCAAUCGCACCAGUGACGAAUAUGAUUUCAUGGAUGAUGUGGAUGGGGGAGCAAGGAGACGCAAAGAGCCGAAGCUCAAGUACAUGCAGAUUCUGCAAGACAUUGCCAACCGAGAUGCCUCUAAUAUUGUGAUUGAGCUUGACGACUUGGAAAUCUUUGAAAGAGCUCUCCCGGAGGAGCAGCAGAACCUAAACCUCGUCGGAUCAAUUCAGAAAAAUACCAAGCGCUAUAUCGAUGUUUUUUCACAGGCGGUGGACGCGGUCAUGCCCAAGGAGACCAAGGAUGAUGAUGUGCUGGAUGUCAUCAUGUCCCAGCGCGAGAAGCGUAACGAGACCAUGGAGAUGGCCGCAGAAGCUGAUAUGGAUGCUGCGGCUGCUGCGAGCAUGUUCCCCCCGGAGCUUACCCGCCGAUACACCCUGAACUUCAAACCGCUUACCCCGUCCGGCUCUAGCAGCGACCGCGCGGGCAAGGCCUUCGCCGUGCGCAAUGUGCGGGGAGAACACUUGGGUAGCCUGAUUACUGUCCGCGGUAUUACCACCCGUGUAUCCGACGUCAAGCCGGCUGUCCAAAUCAACGCAUACACUUGCGACCGAUGCGGAUGCGAAGUCUUCCAGCCCAUUGUCACCAAGCAGUUCCUUCCCCUUUCCGAGUGCUUGUCUGAGGAGUGCAAGAAGAACAACUCCAAGGGCCAGCUUUUCCUUUCUACCCGUGCCUCGAAGUUUGUGCCCUUCCAAGAGGUCAAGAUUCAAGAAAUGGCAGACCAGGUGCCCGUGGGUCACAUUCCCCGCACAUUGACUGUCCACUGCCACGGUGCUCUCACCCGGCAGCUGAAUCCCGGCGAUGUGGUUGAUAUCGCUGGUAUCUUCCUUCCCACUCCCUACACUGGUUUCCGUGCUAUUCGUGCCGGUCUCCUGACCGAUACCUACCUCGAGGCCCAGCACAUCACCCAGCACAAGAAGUCCUACCAGGAUAUGGGCAUGGACGCCCGUACCUUGCGCAAGAUCGAACAGCACCAGAGAUCCGGCAAUAUGUAUGAGUACCUCUCGCGGUCUAUCGCCCCCGAGAUUUACGGACACCUUGAUGUGAAGAAGGCUCUGCUUCUCCUUCUGAUUGGUGGUGUGACCAAGGAGAUGGGUGAUGGUAUGCACAUUCGUGGUGAUAUCAACAUUUGCCUUAUGGGUGACCCUGGUGUGGCCAAAUCCCAACUGCUUCGAUAUAUUACCAAGGUUGCUCCCCGUGGUGUUUAUACCACCGGUCGUGGUUCCAGUGGUGUCGGUCUGACCGCUGCUGUGAUGAGAGAUCCCGUUACCGAUGAGAUGAUGUUAGAGGGAGGCGCCCUUGUCCUUGCUGACAAUGGUAUCUGCUGUAUUGAUGAGUUCGACAAGAUGGAAGACGGCGAUCGUACAGCCAUUCACGAAGUCAUGGAACAACAGACUAUCUCCAUCUCCAAGGCCGGUAUCAAUACGACCCUGAACGCCCGCACUUCGAUCCUGGCCGCAGCCAACCCCCUGUAUGGCCGCUACAACCCUCGCCUAUCCCCAGUGGAGAACAUUAACCUUCCCGCCGCUCUCCUUUCUCGAUUCGAUGUCAUGUUCCUGCUGCUCGACACUCCCAAUCGCGAGGGCGACGAGGAGCUAGCUAAUCACGUCACCUACGUCCACAUGCACAACAAGCACCCCGAGUCUGAAGAUUCCGGUAUCAUGUUCACUCCCCACGAGGUCCGCCAGUACAUCGCCAAGGCCCGUACCUUCCGUCCUGUCGUUCCCACCAGUGUUUCCGACUACAUGGUUGGCGCUUACGUCGCUAUGCGCAAGAGACAAAAGAAGGACGAGGCCCGUCGUCAGCAAUUCUCCCACGUCACCCCCGUACUCUGCUGGGUAUUGUCCGCUCUGGCCCGUCUUCGCUUUAGUGAGGAAGUUGUGCGUGAGGAUGUUGAUGAGGCUUUGCGUAUCAUUGAUGUCAGCAAGGCCUCUCUGUACAACGACGGCGAUGCGUCUGCCGACCACACUCCCAGCAGCAAGAUCUACACCAUGAUCCGCAACCUGCGUGAGAGCGGAGCCGCUGCUGUUGGCGACGGGGAUGACAACGAGCUUAGCGUGCGCCGCAUUCGCGAGCGUGUGUUGGCCAAGGGCUUCACUGAGGAUCAGCUUACCACAGCCCUCUACGAGUAUGCCGAGUUGGGCGUCUGGCAAACCACUGGCAACGGCGCUCGCCUCAUGUUCAUUGAGGGUGAUGAUGAAAUGCAAGGCUAA